AUGAGUGAUUUCUUAUGGAUGACAAAGAGUAAGCAAAACAAGUAUACAUUUCCGUUGGAUGUAUUUCUUGUGAGUGGUGAUCAUCAUAGAUUGUCAUCGGCAACAACUCCUAUCAAGGAGUUUGAUUCUGUUGAUUUUUCAUUGACAACACCAACUAGUGCUCUAAAACAACAAUCAUUUUCUGCUGUUGAUUUUGUUAAUGAGUAUAGAUCGAGAGUUGAUUCAUUGGAUACACUACUGGAAGAGUUGCAGGAAUUUAAAGAUUAUUUAAAGGAAGAAACAAUAUCUAUUAUUCACAAGGAAUAUUCUUCCUUUAUUGAAUUUUCUAGCAAGUUGAAUACUAUUACUGUGGAUCAAGUGACUACAUCAAUGCCAUCACUCAUUCAACAAAUGAAGGAGUUUGAAAGUUUUAUUCAUAAUUUAAUGAGUAAAUGUGAAAAGGAAUUACUUGUAAAGAGAAGAGCAACACAAAAGGAAUAUAUUUCAAAGAAAUUAUUAGAAAUUUAUCAAUUGGUGAAGUUUAAUAUAUUUCUAAAGUUGAACAGCGAGAAGGAAAAAGUUGAUUCCAACAGCACAGAUUUCGGCUCCGAGGAUUGCAUAUUCAGCAGUAUUGCUGAUCAUCUUAAAUUUUGUACAAACACUCUCAAGCAAAUAGAAGGAACUCUUUUAGAAUUAUCGGAGGAGAAUAUUUCUACUCAUACCAAUAUGGAAAAGCAACAUAUGGUUGUUUUAUUCGAAUUUUACGAAAAGGUAGAUGCAUUAUUGAAAGAUGCUGAGAAUUUAUAUUUGGGUCAACUCUCUUCAUCUUUCCUGUAUUUCCUUAAAUUAAAUGGACAAACAGGAAAACAAGAAGAAUUAUAUCAUGUAGGAUUGUUAAAGAUAUUGGACUGUAUGGAAUCUCUGUACUUGUUCGGAAAUGUUGGUUUGAUCGAGGACCGACUUGCUAUUUCCAUUGUAAAUCCACUGUUGGACUCUAUAUUCACAAAAGAGUGCAUUACCCAAUGUAAAAACAAUCCAGAAAUCAAUGUAAAAACAUUACUAUACGAUACCAUUAAUACCAAGUUGGCACUAGUGAUGGAUCCUAUUCUUGAAAUUAAUAAUAUUGGAGAGGGAUCAAGCCCAUUUACUACAACCAUUAUGGCUGAUUACAUGAUAUCACAGGAUGACAAUCAUCUCCAUACCUUUAUUAAGCGUUACAACUUUAUCAAUAACAGUGUACUUCAGCCAGUAAUUUCCAAGUUACAUUCUGAUCAAUGCAAAUUCCUAUUCGAAUACAGAAAUACCAAAACAUUUCACACCAUGUUUUUAACACAGAAACAAUUUACCGACGACUUUUGUAAACGAUUUGUUUCAAGACAUGAGAUGGAUCUUUUCACUUACACACUACAUACUGUAAUCAAAACCAAGUGGCAAACAAAGAUUUACUUUGCACUUGUUAAACAGCAGGCGGUUAAGGAAUUUGAGGCAGCCCUCUCUCAACAAGUUCAAUCCAAUCAACAAGAAGUCUCUCUGGAGAAUGCAUGUGAUCUUAGGUUGAAGGGUGUUAUGGACAAGAUGAUAGACUUGGUGAAGAAUAGUCUUUUCAACCCUUCAUCAACCUUUCUUCCUGAACUCACCCAAGAUUUCUUAACUCUUUACAUCCAGACAACUUCAAGAUUCCAAAAAUGGUUAUUGGAGCAAUAUAUCCCUCAACUUUUGACAGUCUGUAAAAAUUUAUCACAGGAUGGAAGCGCCACACCAGGUUACUUAUGUUCACUCAUCUCAAAGCUAGUUGAUUUGGAAACAACAAUUACAAACAUUGAUGGAUCCAUUUUCCUUACAAAACAGGAGGAAGUUUUGAGACUUGUGAAACAUUCAUAUCAAAGCAGAAUUACAUUACUCGACCAUAAGAAGGAAGCUUCACCAGUUUUCUUAAUUCUCAUAGAUAAGAUCAAAUCAUUGUUGAGAGACAAAUUACAAAAAGACCCAACAAUCUCUGGAUAG